GACAUGACACCCAAGCAUGACCCGCGCGCCUCUUUUGACAGUGGUCGUCCUAGUACUUCCAAUUCUACUUCUGGAUACCCGGCCCCAAUCGGGCCACCGCGUUAAAAUCAAUGUCAAUUUGCAGCAGUAUACCCCAAGAGACUUUUAGUGUUUUUUUUCUGCCGUUUUUUUUUCUCUCCAUAUUUUUGAGAUUUGUUGUCAGCGAUUCGUGUUUUCGGAUUCUACUUGAUACCACAGAGUGCAUGCAUGCAAUCAAGACGCCACAGGAAAAAAAGAUAUAUAACAGGAAACGGAGGAAAGACAAAAGAACAAGGGAUUGUUGUGUUGAGAUCACCUAUUCCUGGUUUUGUUGGAUCUUGCCUCCCGGUGAUAUUCUCCUCUCUGUCAUUAGUUGUGUUUCUGCCAGAUGUUUGUUGUUCUUUCUCGAUCUUGUUGAGUUAAGCCAUGGUGAGGGAUAUCCAUCGGGGGUCUUGGAGUGAGAUAUCAUACGGGAACCAAACACACGGCUGGUGGAUUUUGCCCGAAUUCCUUCUUUAUUGAAACAUUUCCCAGAUAUGAUACCAAGUGAAACGAAGGUGUAUGCACGGAUUGCCAUUCUGCCCUUUGCCAGUAUUGUUGUGUUCUGCUCGUGUUUGUGUUUGCGUUGGAUCGUUAUAUACCUGAAGAUAUCCAGUGGUUUGCUUGUAGGGGCAGCAAAGUAUGACUUGU